CUAAGCGAUGAUAUUGAUGAAGUGCGGCUGCGUUUACCACAUACGUUCUCCUGCUCGUUAUUGAGAUCACCUUGUCGGUUAUUGUAUUUUGUAUUUUGCACUUGCCAUUUUGCUAUUUGUAUACCUCGAUUGAUACACUUUUCUUUAGUUUUUAGGUGCAAUGCCGACUUGCUUUUUUGCACUUUGCCACUGCCGUCUCUUUUAAUUUUUCCGAAUUUAGCGAUCGGGCAGCAGCGCGAGGUGCAGUGCACCCGCGAGAGCCAGGAUAAGCGCAGCUAUUCGUGCAAAGAGUGCUGCAGCAAGCCGCUGCCCUGCGGCAAUCAUAAAUGCAAGGAUUCAUGCCACGCCGGCGCUUGUCGUCCCUGCAAGCUGAGUCCCACACAAAUCACCAGCUGCCCAUGCGGCAAGCUGCCGGUGCCGGCAACGCAGCGCGCCAGUUGCCUGGAUCCGGUGCCCACCUGCGAGGGCGUCUGCGGCAAAACGCUGCGGUGCGGCAAACCCGCGCAUCCGCAUCAAUGCGCCAGCAAAUGCCACCUAGGCCAGUGCCCGCCGUGCCCCAAGCAAACGGCAGUCAAGUGCCGUUGCGGCCACAUGGAUCAGAUGAUCAAAUGCCGCCAAUUGUCUACCCGUGCGGACGAUGCGCGCUGCAAGCGGCGCUGCACCAAGAAACGCAGCUGUGGCAAGCACAAGUGCAAUGCCGAGUGCUGCAUCGAUAUCGAUCACGCCUGCCCGUUGCCCUGCAAUCGCACGCUCAGCUGUGGCCGGCAUAAAUGCGAUCAGCCCUGUCAUCGUGGCAAUUGCCCGCCCUGCUAUCGCAGCAGCUUCGAGGAGCUGUACUGUGAGUGCGGCGCCGAGGUCAUCUAUCCGCCGGUGCCAUGCGGCACCAAGAAGCCCAUCUGCAAGCGACCCUGUUCGCGGACACACGGCUGCGAGCAUCCACCACAGCAUAAUUGCCAUGCGGCGGCCAGCUGCCCGCCCUGCAUGAUGUUCACCACCAAGUGGUGUCAUGGUAAUCACGAACAGCGCAAGACCAUACCCUGCUCCCAGGCCAGCUUUAGUUGUGGCCUAGCCUGCGGCAAGCCGCUCGCCUGCGGUCGCCACAAAUGCAUACGGCCCUGUCAUGAGGGCGAAUGCCAGCAGCCGGGCGAGCUGUGCCGCCAGAGCUGCACCAAGCCGCGUCUAUUGUGCGGCCACAAGUGCGCGGCCAUAUGCCAUGAGGGCGUCUGUCCAGAAACGCCCUGCAAGGAGCUGGUCGAGGUGCAGUGCGAGUGCGGCAAUCGCAAGCAAAGCCGCAGCUGCCAGGAGCUGGCACGGGAGCACAGUCGCAUUGCCACCGCACAGCUGGCCUCCUCCAUGGCGGAAAUGUCGCGCGGCAACUACAUGGAACUCAGCGAGAUACUGGCGCCCAAUAAGAACAAUAAAUCCAACAAAACCUUGAACUGCAAUGAUGAGUGCCGUCUGUUGGAGCGUAAUCGUCGCUUGGCUAUUGGCUUGCAGUCGCGUAAUCCGGAGACGCAGCUCAAGUCGCUGACAAAGUACUCGGAAUUCUUGCGCGGCUUUGCCAAACGCAAUCCGGCGCUGACAAAGAGCGUCUAUGAAACCCUCACCGAUCUGGUCAAGCUGGCCAAGGAGAGCAAACAAAAGUCGAGAAGUCACUCGUUUCCCACCAUGAAUCGUGAGAAGCGUCAAUUGGUGCAUGAGCUAUGCGAAGUUUUUGGCGUGGAGUCUGUUUCCUACGACAAGGAGCCCAAUCGCAAUGUGGUUGCCACAGCGCACAAGGAGCGGUGCUGGCUCCCAGCCACUAGCAUCAUGGAGGUGCUGGCACGCGAAUCCGGGCAACGUCGCGUGCCCGUGCCCAGCAACAAUGCAUGGAGCCUCAAAAAGUAGCAGGCAACAAUUCAUUCGUUUAUCCUUGACAAUACACGAACACAUUUAGCAGAGUUUAUCAAAAGAGAGAGAGGGGCAGGGAGAUCUCUUUGUAAAUCUCUUAAAACUAGCCUGAACAUAAUUGAAAAAUUUCUAAAACGUUAGUUCAAAUAUUGUUGCAUGGACAAUGUUAAAGUAAAAGAAAGGUUGCAGGAUAUACCAAAUGAACAUAAAGGAAAAAGUGUGGAAAACAAUACUAAAAAAAAAAAAAACGGGCAAAAUUGGAAACUGUUAAUCAA